AUGUAACAAUCUGUGAAAGAGGAAUUAUACAGCACAAUUUGUUUCUCACAAGGAAUCUUGAACAAUAUUAAAAACAGUAUAUAAACUUUAAGCAAAAUGGUUUUGGAAAGUACUAUGAUAUGUGUGGACAACAGUGACUACAUGAGAAAUGGUGAUUUCCUUCCGACAAGAUUGCAAGCUCAGCAAGACGCUGUAAAUUUGGUAUGUCAUUCUAGGACUCGGUCGAAUCCUGAAAACAAUGUAGGUUUACUUACCCUUGCCAACGUUGAAGUACUCGCCACGCUUACUAGUGAUGUCGGUCGCAUUUUAUCUAAACUGCACCGUGUGCAACCUAAUGGUAACAUCAAUUUAUUGACUGGUAUCAGAAUUGCUCACUUAGCUCUGAAACAUCGCCAAGGCAAAAACCAUAAGAUGCGUAUUGUCGUCUUUGUUGGUUCUCCUAUCAAUACAGACGAAAAAGAACUAGUGAAACUCGCAAAAAGAUUAAAGAAAGAGAAAGUAAAUUGUGAUGUCAUUUCUUUUGGCGAAGACGCUGAAAAUAAUCCACUGUUGGUAUCUUUUAUUAACACUCUUAACGGAAAAGAUAAUGCAUCUGGAGGUAGUCACUUAGUAUCAGUUCCAGCCGGAGGGUGCGUGGUUUUGUCGGAGGCUUUGAUUUCGAGUCCUCUUAUUGGAGGAGAUGGUGCCGGACCUUCUGGUUCAGGCUUGUCGCCAUUUGAAUUCGGAGUUGAUCCUAACGAAGAUCCUGAGCUUGCUUUAGCAUUGCGCGUCUCCAUGGAAGAACAAAGACAACGUCAGGAAGAGGAGUCACGAAGGCAACAAGCAAACACUGAUACUGAGAUGACUGAGGGUACCACUGGAGAGGCGCAAAACACAGGAAUGGAGAGAGCUCUGGCCAUGUCUCUUGGAAGGGAAGCUAUGGAACUGUCUGAAGAGGAACAAAUUGCAUUGGCAAUGGAGAUGAGCAUGCAACAAGAGGCUCCUCAAGCUGAAGAGAGUAUGGAUGUGCCGGAAGAAUACGCUGAAGUAAUGAAUGAUCCUGCUUUUCUACAAAGUGUACUUGAAAACUUACCAGGUGUUGAUCCCCAGAGUGAGGCCAUACGUAAUGCUAUGUCCACAAUAAAGAAAGACAAAGAAGAAAAAGAUGAUAAGAAACAGAAGGAUAAAGAUGGAAAAGGAGGAUCAAGUUCAAAAGAGUAAAAGUGUUUUUCAAUUUUUUUUA